AUAUCUCUCUCUUCCUCUACCUUGGAAAUAGACAGAUUCAAUGCCGACCACCUCGCGAUUCUCCUAGGGCUAAGAGGGGAAUUAUAUUGCAUAGAUGCUGCAGCUGUGAUUAGAAGGGAGGUUUGAAGGCUGAACAGUUUCUGAAACAAAAUGGAAGAUUGCCAGGCCUUCAGCACUACUACUGGAUUAAAGCGAGUCCCUCUGACUCCUCUUAGGGUUUUUAGGGGUGUAAUAUGUUUAGUGAUUCUUCUCUCCACUGCAUUUACAUUCUUAGUGUAUUUUGGACCUCUGGCUGCUGUAAUGUUGCGCCUUUUAAGCAUACAUCAUAGCAGAAAAGUAGUAUACUUUCUGUUUGGUCUUUGGCUAUCUUUAUGGCCCUUCUUAUUUGAAAAGAUCAACAAAACAAAGGUGAUUUUUUCUGGAGAAACUGUACCAGCAAGGGAACGUGUUUUACUUAUUGCCAACCACAGAACUGAGGUUGAUUGGAUGUAUCUGUGGAAUCUUGCGUUGCGGAAGGGGUGCUUGGGUUGCAUCAGAUAUGUCCUCAAGAGCAGUCUGAUGAAAUUACCUGUUUUCGGUUGGGGAUUUCAUAUAUUAGAGUUCAUCUCAGUGGAGAGGAAGUGGGAAAUUGAUGAACCAGUCAUGCGUCAAAUGCUUUCAACCUUUACCAGUCCUCAGGAUCCACUGUGGCUUGCUGUAUUCCCCGAAGGAACUGAUUUUACUGAAGAAAAGUGCAAAAGGAGUCAAAAGUUUGCAGUUGAGAAUGGAUUACCUGUACUGAAGAAUGUGCUGCUUCCUAAAACUAGGGGGUUUUAUGCUUGCCUGGAAAUUUUGAGAGGCUCUUUGGAUGCAGUUUAUGACAUGACUAUCGCAUACCAGUAUAGAUGUCCUUCUUUCUUGGACAAUGCUUGUGGUGUGGAUCCUGCAGAAGUUCACAUUCAUGUUCGACGCAUCCCUGUUGAUGAGAUCCCGGUAUCUGAAGGAGGGGCUUCUGCUUGGUUGAUUGACACAUUUCGGUACAAGGAUCAGUUGCUCUCAGAGUUCAAUGCUAAAGGUCAUUUCCCUAAUCAAGGUACAGAAGGAGAACUGUCAACAGUCAAAUGCUUGGUAAAUUUUGCAAUAGUAGUUACUUUGACCGGUGUAUUUACAGUUCUUACCUUUUUCUCUUUUUGGUUUAAGCUAUACUUAGCUUUAGCUUGUGCAUACCUUGCUUCUGCUACUUACUUUAAUAUCCGGCCAUUUCCGGUUUUAGAUUAUGUUAAGGCUAUGUUGUGCAAAAAGAAAAUUGCAUAGCAAAAGAGAAAGAGAAAAAAGUAAGCCAAGAAGGCUUGUUGGACAGAUUUUUGACAAUGAUGAAUUCUUGGUCGUGACCUAUAUUACUGCAUCUUUGAAUCUGCUCUUGUUGCAAUGAGUGCCUGUCAGGAACUUAAUGUUGCGUCUUAAUUUGUAACAGGCGCAGUUCGUUCAUCAAAAUAUUCCCUUAUCUUUGCUUUUUUUUUUUUGGUGUGUGUGUGUGUGUUUAGUAUCUCAUCACUACUUUAUUGGUAACCAACUGUUUCAUGAUAAUCACCACGGGCAUAGUCUGUGAGGGUGCCCAUUUGCUUCCCGACAGGCAGGUUGAGGGUUCAAGCCUCUUAAGAGGCCUCUGUAGAGGCAAGGCUCAUCUCUUACCAAGUCUUAAGAUUUGGGUUUGAUCCUUUGAACUACUUACUUAGCAACUCCCAUCCCCCUUCUUUUGAGUUUUGAGUAGGGUAGAUCCAUUGCUAUAUAUAGAAUUUUUAGGGAAAAAUUUAUCCACACGCCCUCUAGUUAGGUUUAAAUUUAAUGACACCUCUUUCCGAUUUUGAAAUUUCACUGCAAUCUUUUCUGGUUUAUACUUUCAAUCAAAGACACUUCCUUAACAGUGCCGGUGCAAAAAAGUAACGGUUUACCUUUAAAUUUUUUAAAAACAUCAAAACUACCCUUCCUCGGGUAAUGACAUAUUUAUCCUUCUCCCUUCUCGAAUAAUGUUCCAGGAAUCUCUUCUCACUCUUGUUUCAAGCCAUUCUUCUAGGUUGAGAGCUCCUGUGAAGGCGACGACGAUGAAGGCGAAAGAGAAGCUGUUCGGAGGUAAGCAUCUAAGUCUCUCUCUCUCUGGACCGAACGAAGAAGAGAUCUGGCUCACCAAGGGAUCCAGAUCUGCAUCUGCCAACCAUUCCCACCCCUUUUUCUAUCUCCAAACCCAUAUGCUUUCCUUCUUUCAGAGUACAACAUCUGUCUUUUUUUUCUUGGUGGUGGUUGUAGUUGGAUCAAAAUUCUAAUUUUUUGGGGUAAUUUUUGACUAUCAGGUGCUUGUUUAAUUAUAUUUGGUAUGAGAAUUAGGUCUCAUAGUUCUUCUGAUUGCAGGCAAUAGGGGUAAAAACGAAGAAGCCCUAAAGCAUGUUAAGGCCUUGAUUGAAUGGGGUCCUCACUUUGUUGGUUCUGAUACUCUUAAUCAUGUUGGUCUAUUGAUUAAAUUAGCUCACACUAACAUCUCUUAUAAUUUCAUUCACCAUAGCCAUGUA